UCUGCUCUUCACUUCAGUCCUGAAAAUGACAAAUUAUCACAUGCACCACAUAUGACAAGGUUUUUAAUGUUCACUUACUUGCUAUUUUUAUACUUUAUUGACACAAUGAAACUGAUUAGAAAAUAUUUAACAGCGAGUACAAGAAAGGUAAUAUAUACUAAUGAUAAAGGCGUUAACAUUACUGAAAAUAUUUCACCGUCUGAAGAAAUUUGUAGUAAAGGUGACUGGCUUAUUCACACUGAAUCCAGUAUAGGUUCAAAUGAUACAAAUCAGCAUGUAUUAAUUAGUUACAGUCAUGAAGAGAAAGAUGUGGCAAUUAAUUUGGUUCAAUUACUACAAGAAAAAGGUUACAAGGUAUGGGUUGACUAUAAAGACAUGCUACAUGAAAUUGACAUCAUGGAUGGUAUGGCUAAAGCUGUGGAGAAUUCAUUUGUGGUUUGCAUUCUCUAUUCAAAAUCUUAUAAAGAAAGCUUUAACACAAAAUGUGAGGCUCAAUAUGCUUAUCAUGAAAAGAAACCGCUAAUUUUUCUACGUGUAGAACGUGGAUAUGUUCCUAAUGGUUGGUUAGGCUUUAUGAUGGGUACACGUUUGUAUAUCGACAUAUCUGGAAAAUAUCCAUUUGAAGAGAAAUUUAUUGAUUUAUGCCAAAGAAUCGAUGAAUAUAAGCAGAUUUCAGACGAUCAAACAAAUUAUCAGUCUCAGGAUAAAAUGCUACAGACAGGAGUUGUACAAGAAUGUCAGUGUUUCAGUGGUUGACUUCUACUGCCCAUUUGCAAUUAUAAAACAGGAUGUCUUAUGUGGUUGAUGAAGCAUUGAAGUUAUAAAAUAAAUUUCAUC